UCUGCAGAAGUCUUAUAUGGUAAAACUCUUUCGUUCCGUGAGGUUGCAUUAGUUGUUCGUCAAGCGUAUUUAAAGAUUUGUAAAGGAGUUUAGACGUACCAGUACUUCUUUUGUCAGUGACAGAGGAAUUAGUUUCAAAAGGGGAGGUCAUCGCUAUAGAGUUCAUUCAGUCGUCUGCUCUAGUCAUACGUUCCAUUGCCUCCCAGUUAAACUAAAAGUUAAAACUUCCGAAUGUGCUAUCUAUACAUUUAAACUGACUUGUGGAUUUUCAAAUGAGGACAUUAUUUUUAGUGUACAGAUCUAGAUUUAGCCGAGAUUAGUCGAGAUCUGAUUCUAGUCACUUCUUAUUAAUUCUGAUAUCCCAAACAAGUAAAUAUUAUUCUUGUGUGUAAAGGUUUGUGAAGAAGUAAAAUGGAUUUAGCUAUGUUCUCUCAGAUAGCUGAAAUUACAAAUUCCCUCUACUUAAGCAGUGCUGCUGCAGUCAGAGGAGAGAAGAUACGCAGCCUUGGCAUCACUCAUAUAAUAAAUGUAACACUAGAGAUCCCCAACCUGCAGUUACCAAACUUGGAAUGCAUACAGAUUAGGAUAGAUGACUCUCCUUCAGCAAGUUUGGGUCUCUAUUUCGACAGAUGUGCAGAUAAAAUAAAUAUGGUUGACAGAAAAGGAGGAAAAACUCUAGUCCAUUGUGUUGCUGGUGUCAGCCGCUCCGCAUCGAUCUGCAUUGCAUAUCUGAUGAAAUAUCAUCGCCUGACCCUAGAACAGGCAUACCGUCAUGUCAAAAGGCGGCGCUCUGUCAUACACCCUAAUGUUGGCUUCUGGAGACAGCUCAUUGACUAUGAGCGCCGCCUGUUUGGACGUACCACUGUCAAAAUGGUUGAGUCGUCUAUAGGGUGGAUCCCAGAUGUCUACUACCAGGAAACUAAAAGUAUGAUGUGGUUUCCGACAAGUUCUCCUCGGUUUGGUUACUGAUAAUAGUUUACAGUUAGGCCCAAUUGAAUCUUUUUUGUUUAUACUUUGUGUUGCUAAGAUAAACCAAAAUGUUGGAUUUAUCCUUGAUUUUUAUACCUGGCUUCAAACUGUCAUUUAUUAAAGUAGAAAAAAAGAUUGGUCAUUCAAAUCAUGACAUUUGCCGAAAAAAUUUUAAAAUAUGCCUAGAUGUUUUGUCGGUUAUUGGUUGUAAUUAGCCAAAGACACCAUUGACAAUGACUUAGUUUAUUAGUAAAAUUUUCUCUAAUUAACAUGAACAUUUAGAUAACUUUACAAAUAACAGAAUAUAGCUAUACAAUUUACUUUUUUUUUUGGAGGUCUGUAAAUUACAUGGUAAGCUAAUUAUUUUUUCAGCAAAUUUUAAAGUAAGCAGUAGAGGAAAGAGAUGAUUGCAAUAAUAUGAGUGGAUGAGAAAAAGGUUUGACUCGGAGAUGAUGUCAUAGCUUAGUGGAUGGCAAAGACAGAUUAUAAAAAAAGAUAUUGUUGGUUGGCAAGGACAGGCUGUACCGGUAUUAUGAAGAUGCCAUAUAUUAUUGGAUGGUAAGGACGGAAUGGUGUAACUAUAUGAUACUUGACUUAAUGUUUUUAACAGACAACAUAUUACAUGUCGAAUGCUUUAGUAAUCUAUUGAAUUUUGAUAUAUAAAAAAAUGAAAACUAAAAAUAAAUUAUUAUUGGACAUAAGUCUCAACCUAUGACUUUGUGAACAUUAUUUUUCUAUAUAACAAAGCGAGGCUUUUAAAUUUUAUUUUCAGAUUUUUAUAUUUAAAUGUGACAUGAAAAAAAAAAGUGUAUUUAUAGAAUGUGUCUCAAUCUCAUGUAAUAUGGAAAGCCUUGUUUUACAGUUCAAAAUAUUUUAUUUUAUCCCUACCAUAGAUCAUACUUACUUGUGAAAAAAUUUUUUUUUAAAUUAUUAGGUGAAUGCAUCUCUAGGCCUUACCUUUUAUGUUGUUAAAUUAAGAGAUAUUAUUUCAGAAUAAUAUUUUUGUAAGGUUCAUACAAUUAAACCUUCAUCUGUUUUGUAAAAAUAAAAUUGUAAUCAUGAAUCAGACUGAAUGUUCGGAAUGUUUUUUUUUUAAUUGUGAUAAAAAUAAAUAUUUCCAUUAUUUUUCUACAAAUAUUUAAUACCACUUUUUAAAAACAUUAGCUGGCUAUAUAAUAUAAUUCUUUCAAAUUUUUUUUUUCGGAAGUCCACUUGUUUAAAUUUUUUUUUAAAGUGUAGAAAUUUACAUUAUAUAUCUUGACAAAAUAUGCUGCUUUGUCAUUCCAUUACAGACUUAUCAUUUAACAGAUGUAGAUUAUUAUGAUGACAGUUAUAACUGUUGCAGUAUUACUUCCUAAACAAGUUCUGUUAACAGCAUUAUUUUAUUAGUACAUUUCAGUAGAUAUAAAGUGAUACAUAAUUAUUUAAGAUUGUAUCUCUACUGGAUUGAACCUGGUAUUAUGCUGUGAGAUAUAUUGCUAAAUAUGUCUAUAGCCUUAAGACCCAAUUUUGAUACUAUGAUAUUUAUAGCAAAUCUGGCAACAUAACUGUGAAGAAAUGCAUUUUUGCUUGAAAUGAAUGAAGAUUUGAACAGUCCAUGUUGUCUUUGCAAAACUCUGUUACUUGUAAUACCAUAUUAUAUUAUUUAUAUUAAGUUGAAAUAGUCAACAGCCUUAGUCACUAUUUAUUUUUACCAGGUGUUAUAGUAAGUACUGUAUAUACUGUCGUGACUCAAUUCCUAUGUUUGUUGUUUUUUUUGUAUAAAUGUGUGAUUAAAGAAUAAUUAUUGAAUUCAAUUUAUUUCUUAUCAAAACUUUUAGAAUAAAAUUUACUGUGAUAUUUUGUUCAAAUUAUUUUGUUUUCUGACAGUGUGAAUUUUUUAAAACUCUGAAUCUUGAAAUGCUUUCAAACUCAGCAGUCAUAAUGUAAUAUUUAUGUUUUAUAUAUAUUCGAAAAAAAUAAUUAUUUAUUGUUGUCUUGUAUAUAUAAAAACAAUUCUUAUACAUCUAGGACAAAUACUAUCUGGUAAGGAAGAGAAUAUGGCUUCUGGAGCAUUAUACAUUGAAAAAAAAACCCAGCCAAAUGGGCAUUGAUAACAAUGAAUGGGUACUAUCAUACUCACCACCGCUGUUCAGUUAUGAGGCUGCCAAUGCUGAUAUUGCGAAGUAUCACGCACCUCCAUGGCUGGGUCUUUUGUUUGUCUUUGGAAGAAACCUUUGGCUCCAAUAUGUAUUUUAAGCCUAAGUAUAGAAUAGUUUUUGAGGGGGAUUGUGAGAGGGGUGCUUGACCAUGGGUAGCAAUGCAGGGCUAGAUAACAGUACAUGGAUGGUCAAGUCAGAUAUUAGACUAGAACCUGGUCACUGACAGGUGAUAGGGCUUGAUAGGAGAUUCCAGUCUUCCUCUGGGCUUGACUGUUUCACCAUAUUUUCUUCACCUUCUCCUCUCAAUAACCUUGGUACCUUAAUCCUGCUAUUAUAUGUUCCAUGUCAUGUUUAUUCACCUCCAUGUUAUUGGUAGGCCUUUAUCUCCAGCAUAGCAAGUCCAGGCUGUGAUGAAGAGAUCUAUGUGAGUGAUAGAGGAGUCUGGGUAAUAGGAUCUCAUUGUGAUACGUACAUGUUGACUUGUUAUUAUUUUUUCAUAAUGUUUAUUAUUAGCUUUAAUCUUAAGUAUAGCAUAGAUGUAUCUUUCUUUGUUUUUUUUUUUUUUUUUGAAUUCAAUUCACUUAAGUUAAAGUAAAGUUGACUAGAGAAGAAACCAAUUCUGAACCAGUUUUGUCUGGUGAUUGUAACUCUUUUAUUACCAAAAAACUAAAUCCAGGUUUCUCUUGAGUUCUUUUGUUAGGUGGCAUCAUGUUUUGUUACAAAAGACUAAUACUGGCAUUUUAUAUUCCUUAUUUAUAAAACACUUGAUUUUUUUUUUUGGUUUUUAUCUGCUCAGAAUCAUUAAUUAAAGCUUUAAAGUGAAGUUAAGAAAUGUUUAUGUGCAGAAAAGAAAAAAAAGAUAUCCUUAGCAUAAUGAAUGGUCAUAUUGAAUUAAGCACUGGAUGACCCUUCAAGACAAUAUAAAAUAAUAUUUUAUCAUAACUCUAUGCAUUUUAUGGUUGAAUCACUGAAAAUAUUUUGUUUCUAGAUAAUGUUCUCACUAUUGCCACACCUUUUUUUUCCAUCUAUGUCUAGAAAUAUUAUUUUUUUAAAUAAGGAUAAAUUAAAGUUUGAAGUUGUUUUAAUUGAUAGAAAAGCUUUUGUCACUAGAAUAAAUGUGAUCACAUCAUUGCAAUUACACCUAAUUUGUUGAUUUAUUUAGUUAAUUGACAGUGAUCUCGAAUUCCAGUUCUGGAAAUCUAAUUAAUUUUCAGUCAGCAAAUUAUAAAUCAGAAAUGAAAUGGGUGUUGAUCUGAACACUUCCUGUUUUCACUUCUGCUAUUGAUUUGACAUCAAGUUAAGUCUUAGUCACUUUGCACAAAAACUAUUUUUUUUCUUAGAAUCUCUUACAAAACAAUAUUUACAAAUUUUUUAUUUUUUUUUUAAAUUAGUAAUGCUUAAUUAUUUCAUAAUAUUGUUAUAUAAUAAAUGUCAUCAGAUCUCUAUCAAAGGUGAAAAAUAGUUUCAAUUUGACAUUUUGAAUUCACUUGUAACAUAGACAUUUUAAGUGAAAUGAAUUUAUAUUUGUUACAAACUCUGCAAACUAUGAGAAUUAAAGACAAUAACUGUGAUGUUUUGAUAUCAGAUUAUUUUCAUUAAAAGUUCAAAAUUUCA